AUGGGUAGCCGGGACUACCUCGAGAAGCUGCUAGACCAGGUCAAGGAGCAUUCGACUGUGGUCGGCAAGACCUGGCUGAUGGUGCUCUUCAUCUUCCACAUCCUUUUCCUCCAGCUGGCGAGCAAGUCGGUGUGGGGUGACGAGCAGUCAGAUUUCAAGUGUAACAUGACUGAGUCGAGCUGCACCCAUGUCUGCUAUGACCAGGCCUUCCCCAUCUCCCAUAUCCAUUACUGGGUGCUGCGGUUCCUCUUCAUCAGCACCCCCACCCUGGUCUACCUGGGCCACGUCAUGUACCAAUCUCGGCAGAAGCAACAGCAGCGGCAGAAGGAGGGGGAGCUGUGUGACUUUGACUGCAACACCAAGCAGCCAGGCUGCACCAACGUCUGCUAUGACAACUUCUUCCCCAUCUCCAACAUCCGCCUCUGGGCCCUGCAGCUCGUCUUCGUCACCUGCCCCUCAGUGCUUGUCAUCCUGCACGUGGCCUACCGUGAGGAACGGGAACGGCGCCACCGCCUGAAGCACGGUGACCAGUGUGCCAAGCUAUACGACAACGCAGGCAAGAAGCACGGGGCCCUGUGGUGGACGUACCUGCUCAGCCUCGUCUUCAAGCUCCUCAUCCAGCUCCUCUUCCUCUACGUGCUGCACACUCUCUGGUACGGCUUCGGCAUGCCCCGCCUGGUGCAGUGCGUCAACGUGGCGCCCUGCCCCAACACCGUGGCCUGUUGCAUCACCCAGCCCACCGAGAAGAAGGUUUUCACCUACUUCCUCAUAGGCACCUCAGCCGUCUGCAUUGUGCUCACCAUCUGCGAGAUCUGCUACCUCAUCUUCCACAGGCUCCUGCGAUGCAUGCAUAGGGACAGGCCCCCCAUUCUGAACGUUCGCAGCCUCCACAGCUGGGUCUUUACCUGCUGGCUCCACCACAAGCUGGUGGAGGCUGGGGAGCUGGGUCCGGACCUGGGUGAUAACAAGCUGCAGGCUUCCACACCUAAGCUGACCCCAAUCUGA